CUGCACUAUGUCUUCCUCGACCACCAUGAGCAUGAUGUCCACCCCAUCGCCCGUAGUAGCCAAUCAACCACCUAUUGUCUAUAUUCUUCAGGUACUCCCUCGGGUCAUUUCUUUCAUAGGUUCACUUCUCUCCUUAAUCGGUCGAGCACUUGUGGGGACGGGGCGCUUCAUCCUCACUCCGGUCUUCGUCGCUUCAACACCUCUGCUCUACAUCUUAGCUCCAGUCAUCGUCUUCAUACGCGUCCUAAUCGAAUCCCUUAUCUUAACACCGUAUCGAAUUGUCACAUACCUCCUGGACGCGUUGUACCCCGUGUAUGUCUUCGUGGGAACAGCAUGUCUAUGUGCCGGUGUUGUCGCCCUUGGAGCACGUCUUAUAAUUUACGCUGCCGGUCAAGUCCUCUUGGAACCAUCUGCUUCUCCAUCAACGAACUCCGUGGAAACUGAGCAUGCCCCGCGAGCAUCAUCUAUGCAGAGGAAGUCAAUGAAGCGGGUGUCGAUCAAAGAGGAGAAGAGACCGCAGCGUAUUGGCUGAGCUCAUGUGAGAACGAACUGCACAUUGCUUUCUUGCCUCGCAACGAUUCCCUUGAGUCAUCCACACAAGCAGAUCACCGGUAUCUCUGUUGUCGCAAACCGUGCUCUCAUCACUGUGACAAGUCUCGCUUUCUCCCUGUAUUAUUUCAAAUGUCUCAACGAAUCAUGAAUGGCGACGCAUGUACCGUCUUGUAUCGAAUAUCGGAAGCCGUUGGUAGGGAAUACAAUUUGACACAUUUGGAUUGUUU